CCGCCUUGCUCAGGGAAUCAUUACUUCCCUCCGGGAGCUGCUUCCUUCUUCCUCUCCGCGAUUCGACGCACUCGUGGCCCUCUCUCUCUGGCCAACGUAUCUCUCUCUCUCCACGCUUUCCGUGAUUUCAGCGCCAUGGCACCUGUGAGGGGAAUCCUUGCCUUGCAGAGAGCUGUUUCAAAUUUGAAGCAAUGUAACAGAUUCUGUCCAGCGUUGAGGUCAUUCAGCGCCCAAUCUGCGACCACCUCUAGCACUCCACAGCCACCUCCACCCCCGCCACCUCCAGAAAAGACUCAUUUUGGUGGUCUCACGGAUGAAGAUCGGAUCUUUACCAACCUCUACGGUCUACAUGACCCGUUUCUCAAAGGGGCUAUGAAGAGAGGUGAUUGGUAUAGGACCAAAGAUUUGGUACUCAAGGGUUCUGAUUGGAUUGUCAAUGAAAUGAAAAAGUCUGGUCUACGUGGGCGUGGUGGUGCCGGUUUCCCAUCUGGCCUUAAGUGGUCUUUUAUGCCCAAAGUAUCUGAUGGUCGCCCAUCGUAUCUGGUUGUCAACGCUGAUGAAAGUGAACCUGGGACUUGUAAAGACAGGGAAAUUAUGCGGCAUGAUCCCCACAAAUUAUUGGAGGGGUGUUUGAUUGCUGGUGUGGGCAUGAGAGCUAGAGCUGCAUACAUCUACAUUAGGGGUGAGUAUGUGAAUGAACGUAAAAAUCUGGAGAAGGCCAGAAAAGAAGCCUAUGAAGCUGGUCUCUUGGGGAAGAAUGCAUGUGGCUCUGGUUAUGACUUUGACGUUUAUAUACACUUUGGUGCGGGUGCAUACAUCUGUGGUGAGGAGACAGCACUCAUCGAAAGCCUUGAAGGGAAGCAAGGAAAACCCAGAUUGAAACCUCCAUUCCCUGCUAAUGCCGGUUUAUAUGGUUGCCCCACCACUGUUACCAACGUGGAAACAGUGGCAGUUUCUCCUACGAUUCUAAGGCGUGGGCCAGAGUGGUUUGCUAGUUUUGGAAGGAAGAACAACGCUGGUACAAAGUUGUUCUGUAUAUCUGGGCAUGUGAACAAGCCUUGCACAGUCGAAGAGGAGAUGAGUAUACCUCUCAAGGAACUGAUCGAGAGGCACUGCGGAGGUGUUAGAGGUGGAUGGGACAAUCUACUUGCUGUCAUCCCUGGGGGUUCAUCGGUCCCUCUCAUUCCUAAAAACGUCUGCGAAGACGUGCUGAUGGAUUUUGACGCGCUCAAGGCUGUCCAAUCAGGGCUGGGAACUGCAGCUGUGAUUGUGAUGGACAAGUCCACCGACAUUGUGGAUGCCAUUGCAAGGCUCUCUUACUUCUAUAAGCAUGAAAGCUGUGGGCAGUGCACGCCUUGCAGGGAAGGAACGGGUUGGCUUUGGAUGAUCAUGGAGAGAAUGAAGGUUGGGAAUGCAAAACUGGAAGAGAUCGAUAUGCUGCACGAGGUGACCAAGCAGAUAGAAGGACACACAAUCUGUGCAUUGGGGGACGCUGCCGCAUGGCCUGUGCAGGGUCUGAUAAGGCAUUUUAGGCCCGAGCUCGAGAGAAGGAUCAUGGAACGUGCUGAAAGGGAGUUGCUGGUGGAGGCUGCUGCUUAAGCUCUUGCACUCAGGGUUUGUUCAUCUACGAAGAGAGAGGAGGAACCUUGGGGACCGCUGAAGAGCGUGUGGGAGAAAACUCUUGUGGGUCAUUUUUGGAUAAGACAUCUCAUCUCGUCCCCCUUCCGAAUUCCUCUCUACGGUCAUAUGAUAUUUUUAUUAUUGUAUUGUAUUUUCUAAGUAAUGAUUCGGUGAUGAAAAAUACCCCAAAUAUUCACUUUUUAAUAGGAAUUCCAUGUAAUUGUUACAUCAUGACUUGAAAAGAAGAAAAAAAGCUAGACAGUUGAGAUGUCAUAA